CAACAAUCCUCUGGUGUGGACAGGACAAGAUUCAUUGCAAUUCUAGAGUGGAGCUUCGUGCCGCGGAUAAUAACGGUUAUCAGAGAAUAGUAGAUACUCAGUAGUGCUUGUGUAGUUAUUCAUCUUUGGUAGAUGUCCGGUGUAGCAUAUUUACUGUAUUAUGUAGCUAAUUCCCUGGCUCUUCAUUUACCCUUUUGUUUUUCUUCGACGCAACAAAUUUCGCAGCAAUUGGUUGUGAUCAUACUGCCUUAUACCAAUGAAAAAAAAAUAACAAUAAUAAUUACUGGGAAGAUCAUGGCCACGGCCCAGAUUCUCUGCCGGGAUGUGAAUGUGACAAAUCAGCUUUCAAGAAGACAGCCUGUCUCCCAGCGUCUGCUAUCCACGGAGGGCUCCAACCCGGGGCCCCCUGUACGAAGUACGGAGACUUUACUACAGUAGAUAAUAGUCUGCGACUCUCUGGCAGUGUGAGUGGGUAACAUUAUUAGUCACCACCUAAUAGCGAC